UAUUCGGCCGUUUUUAACCUAUAGUAGUGCAUUUCUGGGCUCUUAAGCUCGACAUCUACCUCAAGCUCAAGUUGUAAUGAACAAAGGAAAAUCGAAGACAAAGUCGUAAAUGGAGGAAGAACUGGGCCGACUCGCUCCUUGCUCUUCUCUUGCUGUAGAUUCUGUCCUCCGCGUCGGAACCGCUGGUGCAAUAUGGGGAUUAUGCGCUGCUCCUUAUGACGCUCGUAAGCAAGGCUUGACUGGAUUUUCCCAUGCUGCUUUUGUGGCAAGGUCGAUAGGCGGCUAUGGCUUUCAGUGUGGACUUGUUGCUGCAAUUUUUACUUCUACUCGUUGCGGGCUUCAAAGAUACAGAAGAAAGGAUGAUUUGGUGAAUGCUCUUGUUGCGGGCGCUGUAGCAGGGGCCACUGUUGCUGCUGGGACACGAAACUUGAAGCAAGUAGUGGGAACAACUUGUCUUGUUUCUGCCUUUAGUACUGCUGCUGACUAUUUCAGAACAAUGUGAAAUACUUCUUGGUAUUAGUGUUGAAGAUAAAUGAUACACGUGUCCUUAUCAAUGAAAAGCAUGCAUGGUGUCUUCCACUAUCAUACAAUUAAUAGAACCCAAAGCCAAAGGUAGCGAAGGGUUCUCUCCUUUCCGUUCCUUCUCUACAUCGAACACCAGUCAAGAUCACAGGUAUUAGUCAUUAUUUUCUUUCUUGACUAAGGGCCAGUUUGGAAAAAGCAGAUGUAAUUGUACUGUGGGGAAAAACAACUGCAAAGUUUGAAAUUAAAUUGCUGUGUUGGAAAAGCUGUAGCAGAGUGUUUGGUAAACUCUAUUUGAAGUGUUGUUAAACUAUAUUUGAAGUAUUUGGUAAACUAUAUUUGAAGUGUUGUUAAAUAUUAAAGAAUAAAUAAUAUUUUUGCUCC